GCGCGCUCAUUAUUAGUCCACAAUAGACCCGCGCAUUCGCCCGCGCCGCCAGUUCGCACGACAGAUCUAGAUCGCUGCGACGGUGCUAUAUCCAUAAAAUAUUAUUGAACUAUUGCACCAGUGCCCUGAGUGAACAUUUCUGUGCUGGAGCCCUAAUAAAGCUGUGAAAAUGGAGACGUUGAAUAGGCUAGUGGCGGGUUACCAUGACCUGAUGGACAACAAAAGUGACCCGAGGGUCAAAGACUGGCCCCUGAUGUCGUCCCCUCUGCCUACGCUGGCGAUAUGUCUCACAUAUGUAUUCGUAGUCAAAGUAGCGGGGCCAAAAUUUAUGGAAAACAGAAAACCUUAUGAACUCAAACAAGUGCUUAUAUGGUACAAUUUAUUUCAAGUGCUCUUCAGUAUCUGGUUAUUUAACGAGAGCAUAGCCAGUGGAUGGUUCACGACGCAUAGUUUCCGAUGCCAGCCUGUAGACUACUCACGGUCACCAAUAGCAAUGAGGACGGCGGCCGGAUGUUGGUGGUACUACUUUUCGAAAUUCACGGAGUUUUUCGAUACUAUCUUCUUUGUGAUGCGAAAGAAGUUUGACCAUGUAUCCAAGUUACACGUGAUCCACCACGGCAUCAUGCCCAUGUCCGUGUGGUUCGGAGUCAAGUUCACACCAGGUGGUCAUUCAACUUUCUUCGGCAUGCUGAACACAUUUGUACACAUCAUUAUGUACUCGUAUUACCUGCUGGCCGCGCUCGGACCUAAGGUGCAGAAGUACCUUUGGUGGAAGAAAUACCUCACCGCAUUGCAGAUGGUCCAGUUCGUGCUAGUUUUCGUCCACACGUUCCAGCUGCUGUUCACGGAGUGCGACUACCCGCGCGCCUUCGUCUGGUGGAUCGGCAUGCACUCCGUCCUGUUCUACUACCUCUUCUCCGACUUCUACAAACAGGCUUAUCUGAAGAAGGAAAAAGCUAAAAUCGCCAGAGCGAAAGUAGCAGCGGAAGCAGCAAAAUCGGAAUCAAAAGACAUGAUGUACCCACUCCUGAACGGGUUCAGCAAUGGCGCCGGGCUGGGCGACGUGCGGCAGCGAGUCGCCGGCGCAGUCGCCGCGCAGUGACCGAUGCGCGCCCUUAGAUCCUAGAACAAUCCACCCGCAGCCACGGGGGCACUACCGACUCCAAUAGCCGACUCUGCGCCUCAUUCCGGUAGCCAAACGCUACCGGAGAGCGAAAGGGGUAGACGUUUCGCAUUCUAUGUGGCCCUUUAAUAAGAGUACCCGAUGGAGAAAGCUCAAUUAGGUAAUCUUAAGUUAUUGUUAAUAAUUAGAUGUAGAAUUGUUAUAAAGUAUCAGUGUAGUUAAUGUUGUAUGACUGCGUCAUUUACAAA